UUGGACUCGCCCACGUCUCCCUCUCCCUCCCAAAAUUCGAACCUGAAAACUCUUUCCUUUGGCUCACCGGCCCUGUUGCUGGAUCACGUCACACAGCAUUGGCGGUCAAAUUUCGUUACGACUGACCUCGACUCAGAUAGACUAGUGAACUACUUCAUCAGGCGCCCCUUCUUCAUGUUGAUUAGCGUAGACGCGCCUACCCUACAACGUUAUCACCGCUGUCACGGGCAUUUAUCUGUGACCCUCGAAGAGUUCGUGCGGGAACAUGACCGCGAAGUGUUUGGAGACAGAUCAGGGCCAGACUCUCCCAGCGGAUUUUCACUCCUUCACCGCGCAAGCCCGCAGGUCAAACUCAGAAUCGUCAAUUCUUUCGAUUCUAUCGCAGAACUUCAUUGUCACCUGGAUUCUUUAGAUAUCACAAAUACAAAUCGACUCAGACCGCAAUGGGAUACAUAUUUCAUGACGCUCGCAGAUCUUGCUUCGCAACGUUCCAACUGUAUGAAACGCCGCGUAGGCGCUAUACUUGUCCGCGAAAACCGUAUUGUUUCCACAGGUUACAACGGCACUCCUCGUGGCGUAAAAAACUGCAAUGAUGGGGGGUGCGGACAUUGCAAUCGCACAUCGGCGACCAAUGGUACUGAAUGCCUUUGCCUACAUGCUGAAGAAAAUGCGCUCUUGGAAGCAGGAAGAGAUCGGGUUGGCGCGAAUGCCACUAUGUAUUGCAAUACAUGUCCGUGUUUGAAAUGCACUAUCAAGAUUAUCCAAAGCGGUGUUAAAAGAGUAGUCUACAAUUUGAGCUAUAAGGUAGAUGAAGCGUCCGCACGACUGUUUCAGGAGGCUGGAGUAGAGAUUUUCCGACACGUUCCACCCCCAGAACCAUAA